AUGUUGUCCAUGAUAGUUCUCUUCAUCUUCACCAGUCCAAUACUCUACUUGCUCCUCCGCUCCGUUUACUACCUCUUUUUCCACCCCCUCUCACGCUUCCCAGGCCCAAAACUCUGGGCCAUCUCCCGCCUCCCCUGGCACUAUGUCAACCUCCGCGGCGACCUCGCAUGGCGCAUCCGCGACAUGCACAUCUACUACAACAGCCCCGUGAUACGCAUCGCACCCGACGAGCUAUCCUACACCAGCAGCACAGCCUUGAAGAAGAUCGACGGCUCACCCCCACCACGCGAAUUUCUAAAGUGUCUGGAUGGCCGUGGAAUCGCUCCUGCGGUCGUGAACGGUCGUCGUAGUAUCGUUACCGAGACGCCUGAGCGCCAUGCCGUACUACGGCGUGCGCUUCAGCCAGCGUUUAGUGAACGCGCUUUGCGGGAUCAAGAAGAUUUCUUUCGGGACCACACUGAUCGGCUUGUUGCUCAGUUACGGAAACCGCAAUAUCAUGCUGUAGAGCAGAAUAUCCUCCGUUGGUUCAGCCUGUUGAGUUUCGACAUCAUGAGCGACCUGGCCUUUGGACAACCAGCCGGCUGUCUCGACCGCGCCGAUGAGCCCUGGCUUGACGUUAUUGGUUCGCGCGUCAAAAGCAUUGUUUGGUAUCAACUCGCUACGUACUACCAUAUCGAGUGGAUACUCAAAUGGACGGCACCCAAAGCGGCCAUGGAGGCGCGGAAGCGGCAUCAAACACUCACCCUCCAAAAGGUACAGCGACGGAUUGAUGAGGAGCGCGCUGGCACCCGAAAAGGGAAGAGACUGGAUUUCAUGAGCUACAUCCUUGGUAACGAGAGUGAGAAUUUGAGUAACAUGGAUCUUUUUGGUAUGGCGAGCGCGUUGAUUGUGGCGGGCAGUAACACGACUACCUAUACGAUGAGCGCAUUUGUAUUCUUCGUUUGUGGGCAUUCGGACGCUUAUAAGAAGGUCAUUGCCGAGGUGCGGGGUAGGUUUGCGAGCGAAGAGGAGAUUACCAUGGUUGCUGCUGGUGAGCUGGUUUACUUGAAGGCCUGCAUCGAGGAGUCGAUGCGUGUAUCGCCGCCUACGCCAUCAGCUUUGCCGCGCUGGGUUCCAGAGGGUGGAGAGGAGAUAGAUGGAAAAUGGGUACCGGGAGGUACAGCUGUAGGCGUGCACAAUCUCUCAGCCUGUCACGCUCCAUGGAACUGGCAUCGGCCUCUUGACUUUAUCCCAGAGAGGUGGCUGCAGACGAAAGAUGGGGAGUUUGCUCGUGAUGACCGAGGUGCAUCUCGUCCUUUCUCCUAUGGUAGACAUGAUUGCAUUGGACAAACUAUGGCUAUGAAUGAGAUGAGACUGGCUUUGGCUAAGCUCUUCUGGAACUUUGACAUCUCGCUCAGCCCAAACAGUGAGAAGUGGUGGAUCACACAAAAGUCGUAUUUGGUCUGGGAGAAGAAGCCGCUCAUGGUAUCCAUCAGGCCGAAGCGGUAG